GCCCCUACUGGAUCGGCUUCCGGCCGGUGGUUCCGCACCGGCCGCCCGUAGACGUGUAACGGGCGGUGGGUCGCAGCCAUGGCCGAGAGGAAACCUAAUGGUGGCGGCGGUGGCGCCACCUCCACCUCGUCGUCGGGCACUAACUUACUCUUCUCCUCUUCAGCCACGGAGUUCAGCUUCAACGUGCCCUUUAUCCCAGUCACGCAAGCUGCCGCUGCCUCGGCCUCCCUGCUCUUGCCCGGAGGUAGUAAGGAGACAGGGAUCCGGUGGGCCAAAGGAUUCCACAGAUGUGGGUGAGGAGGACAGCUUCCUUGGUCAGACUUCUGCUCACACGUCUACCCCACAGACAUUUAGCUACUUCUCUCAGGUAUCAAGCAGUAGUGAUCCUUUUGGGAAUAUUGGACAGUCACCGUUAACAACUGCAGCAGCAUCGGCUGGACAAUCAGCAUUCUCCAAGCCCCCAGCUGCGCUCCCUUUUGCAAGUGGAUCCCAAGAUGUGUCGAAUGCAUUUUCACCAUCCAACUCGAAGGCUCAGUAUGGUGCUCCACCUGCUUCACAAAUGGGAAUAAAUACUUACCUGCCUUCUCAGCCUAGUAGUCUCCCUCCUUCAAAUUUUGGGAGUCCACCCCCGGGCACGCCCCAGCAAGGAUACAAUCCAUAUCGCCACACGGCUGUGAGCAGCAGGGCCAACCCUUACAUUGCACCACCGCAGCUGCAGCAGUGCCAAACGCCAGCCCACCCCACCCAUCCUCCGCCCUCGGGACCCCCUGUUCAGAUGUACCAGAUGCUGCCAGGAUCUUUGCCGCCGAUUCUGCCUUCAGUGCAGUCAGGGUUAUCCCCUCCAACCCAGCAGCAGACACCUGCUAGACCUGCAGGUCCCUCUGUGCAAGCACCACCUCCUUUUCUACUUCAAAACCAAUAUGAACCUGUCCAACCGCACUGGUUUUACUGCAAGGAGAUAGAAUACAAACAACUAUGGAUGCCUUUCAGUGUGUUUGACUCUCUGAAUCUUGAAGAAAUCUAUAAUUCAGUCCAGCCAGACCCUGAGAGUGUGGUUCUAGGCACUGAUGGAGGGCGCUACGACGUUUACCUAUACGACCGGAUGAGGAAAGCUGUGUACUGGGAAGAGGAGCCAGCUGAAGUGAGACGCUGUACUUGGUUUUACAAAGGGGACACAGACAGCAGAUUUAUUCCCUAUACAGAGGAGUUCAGUGAAAAACUAGAGGCUGAAUAUAAAAAAGCUGUAACCACAAAUCAGUGGCACCGCAGAUUAGAGUUUCCGAGUGGAGAGACGAUUGUUAUGCACAAUCCAAAGGUUAUUGUUCAGUUCCAGCCUUCAUCAGUGCCAGAUGAAUGGGGGACCACACAAGAUGGACAGACAAGACCCAGGGUUGUAAAGCGUGGGAUUGAUGAUAACCUUGAUGAAAUUCCUGGUGGGGAAAUGCCUCAGGUUGACCAUUUGAUGUUCAUGGUGCAUGGCAUUGGACCUGUGUGUGACUUGCGCUUUAGAAGCAUUAUUGAAUGCGUGGAUGAUUUUAGGGUGGUUUCUCUCAAAUUGCUGCAGACACAUUUCAAGAAAUCUUUAGAUGAUCGGAAAGUAAGCAGAGUGGAAUUCCUUCCGGUUCAUUGGCAUGGUUCCUUGGGUGGGGAUGCCACAGGUGUUGACAGGAAUAUUAAGAAAAUCACUUUACCAAGUAUUGGUCGGUUUCGUCACUUUACCAAUGAAACCUUGCUAGACAUUUUAUUUUACAAUAGCCCCACCUACUGUCAGACGAUUGUGGAGAAAGUGGGAUUGGAGAUAAACCGUCUGUAUGCACUUUUCAUGAGUCGGAACCCAGACUUCAAAGGCGGGGUCUCUGUUGCUGGUCACAGUUUAGGUUCUUUAAUAUUGUUUGAUAUCCUGACUAAUCAAAAAGAUUUGAAUUUAUCAAAGUCUCCUGGGCGUUUUGCUGUUGCUAAUGGAGUUGUGAAGCAGCCACAUUUUCAGGAAAAGCAGAUACCUGAAGAGCCAAAGCUGACGUUGGAUGAGUCUUGUGACCUUGAUGUUGAAGAUGAAGAAGUCCUGACUUUGCAAGAAACUCUGGAAGCACUUAGCCUCUCUGAAUACGUUAGCACUUUUGAAAAGGAAAAGAUUGAUAUGGAAUCUCUGCUUAUGUGUACAGUGGAUGACCUGAAGGAAAUGGGGAUACCCCUUGGACCCAGAAAGAAGAUAGCUAACUUUGUAAAGCAUAAAGCGGUCAAACUGAAACAGAAAAAAGCAGCAUCAGAAAAAAAGGCAGUAAUGGCCGCUUCGACAAAAGGACAAGAGGAAAGCUCUCAGAAAGCUAAAGAAAUGGCUUCUCCUCCGUCAGAAUCUAACCAGUCCAAGAGGAAACUCCCACUCGGAGCUUACGUUUCUUCUGUGCAUGUUGAUUAUGAGUCUUUUGACGUUGGCACCGGACAGGUUGGCGUGUCGAAGUUGUGGAACCAGGGGCUCUGUGCCACCGGGACACUGUCGCUGCCUGCCUCUCCCUGGGAGGAGACCUUCUCUGUGAGCCUGGAAUCAUGGGUGUCAGUGGCUCUGGGCUCAUCUCCUUACAGCUUUAUUACCAUAGAGGUUUCUGUUGUUUAUAACUCCUUAGACUUUGAACCAGAGAUUUUCUUUGCCUUGGGAUCUCCAAUUGGUAUGUUUCUUACUAUUCGAGGAGUGGAUAGGAUAGAUGAGAACUACAGGCUUCCUACCUGCAAGGGAUUCUUCAAUAUUUAUCAUCCACUUGAUCCAGUGGCAUAUAGGUUAGAACCUAUGAUUGUACCAGAUUUGGACCUAAAAGCAGUUCUCAUUCCACAUCACAAAGGCAGAAAGAGACUUCAUUUAGAGUUGAAAGAAAGUCUCUCUCGUAUGGGAUCUGAUUUGAAGCAGGGUUUCAUUAGCUCUCUGAAGAGUGCUUGGCAGACGUUAAAUGAGUUUGCCCGUGCUCAUACCUCUUCAACUCAGUUGCAAGAAGAAUUGGAGAAGGUAGCCAAUCAAAUCAAAGAAGAAGAAGAAAAGCAAGUAGUUGAAGCAGAAAAGAUUGUUGAAAGUCCAGAUUUUUCCAAGGAUGAGGACUACUUAGGAAAGGUUGGAAUGCUAAACGGAGGCCGCCGAAUUGACUAUGUUCUUCAAGAAAAGCCAAUAGAGAGUUUUAAUGAAUAUCUUUUCGCUCUUCAGAGUCACUUAUGCUAUUGGGAAUCUGAAGAUACUGCCCUGUUAUUACUUAAAGAAAUUUAUCGAACAAUGAACAUUAGUCCAGAACAGCCCCAGCACUGAUUGGACUUCAGCUUCACUGUAAAGUUGGAGUAUAUAUUACAUUGCUGAGAAAAUCCUUGAAGGACAUCCCCAGUCUGCUCCUGUGACGGAUGACGGAAAAGUGAUUCAUCGAUAGUUACUUUGCUGUAAUUGUCAGAUGUAGGGGUUCAUUUAAAAGAAAGCAUACAGAACAAAAAGCCAAUGAAAUAAAUCAAUACACAUUUGGACUGUAUAGAUGAGAAAAAUAAAUUAUUAAAAUGAUACGGUUAAAACCUCCUCAGAUCAGUUUAGUUGUACAGUUGUCAAAGUAAUAUGUGAUAUCAAUGAAGAAAUAUUUGUAGCAUGCAGACGGUUGUUUCUGUUUCUUAAAAAACUAUUGUCAGUGAGCUGUUAAACUUGCAUUUUUUUUUAUUCAUGUAGUAUGUUCUAUGGACUUCUUGAGAAACUAUAAUAAUACAGUUUUUAAAAAAUUUAUGUUUACUUCAAUGUGAAUUAUAGUUCUGAGCUGCUUUAAUGUGGGGUCAUUUGUAUUUGUUAAGCAGAAGUAACCAAGAUCACUUCUGUUCCAAGCUGAACUGCGGUCUUUAUGAAGCCUUCCAGGCUCACUUCACAGAAGUCCUGUGAAGUGCUCUCCCAGCAUCAUUUCCGCUAGCAGCAGGGAACAAACAAGUUUUUCCAUUUUGUCAUCUAAGGUAGCUGUGCAGUCUCCUCAUUGCUAAAGUUCCAAUCAGUAUGAGAACCACGGUAGAAUAUUUUUGGAUUUUGGUUUCUUUGCUUUGUAUUACUUUCACUUAUACCAAAGUAUUUGAAAGUAUGAACUGUAUUGGCUUUUAGACUAUAACUCUAUUUCAUGAAAAGACGGUUCUGUGAUAUUUUACUGUAACUUCAAAUUAUCUAAAUAUUUUCCUAAUACUACAUGGGAAUGAUGAUUUUCUUUUGUUAUGCAGUAGGAACAUUUUACACUGUUUACAUAGUUCUCAUGGAACAUAGAAUUUUUUGAAAGCCGCAUAUGAUACACAUUUUUUGUGUAUAUAUUCUAAUUAGUGUGAAUAAAACAGUAACAUCAAUGCAUUUUUUAAAGCAGAAAACUUCUGUAUUUUUCUUGUCUUCCUUAAAAGUAUUCCUCUGAGUUCAGUGUUCAUUUACUUUUCAUUGUGAACACCUGCUCUAUAGUUAAUACAUAACUAUAGCAUUUUCUCCUGAUAACAGAGUUAGGACAGUAGAGUUUUUGAGUUGCAGUUGACCCCAGACAGCAUAUAUUCCAACCACCUCAUUCUGCAGUCGAGGACACAACACUAAAUGCCUUUCUCAGGCUGCUGGGGGGCAGAUCUGAGCUGGAAUACGGUUUCACUGACUCCUUUUUGGCCUUCAUUUCGCUACACCAGUGCUAUUACUUUUUGCUUAAUUUCCUCUUAACUUCCCAAAACUCAUGAAAUAAAGAAAAAUAAGGGUUAUUUAUGUAUAUUUUAAUAAAAUCCAGUUUGAUUUUUCAACUUACAA